AAGGCAGGCAACCGCCCAGGAAAGAGGCCAGGCCUGGCUCCGAGGAGGCGGGCCUUUCCCUCAGCCCUGAGGCCUCUUCUUUUCCUCCCUUCGAGAGGGAACCUUCCUUUCGGCGGUUCUCCUUGAAUCCCAGAAACAGCAAUGGCAGACGAAAACCAUAUUUUGAAAUCAUCAGAAACUGUGACAGAUGCAAGACGAACCUCCAGUUCUGAAGGCAAGAGCCUACCUGUUAGCAAAUCGGUGGAUUCUGUGAUACAGGCAGAUGAGAGUUAUAGAAUGGACCAUCCGGAAAUGGGGCUGUGUAUUUUAGUCAACAAUAAAAACUUCCAUCCAGCUACUGGGAUGUCGUAUCGAUCUGGUACAGACGCAGAUGCUGCACGUGUUGUAGACACUUUUAGAUCCUUGGGGUAUACUGUCAAGCCUUAUAACGAUCUUACAUGCAAACAGAUUAUUGAUGCUCUGCAAAAGGUUGCCAAGGAUGAUCACAACAAGAGGAACAGUUUUGCUUGUGUUUUGUUAAGCCAUGGAGAGGAUGGACUGAUCUAUGGUACAGAUGGUCCUCUGGAGCUGAAAAUGUUAACUAGUCUCUUCCGAGGAGACAGAUGCAAGACCUUGGCUGGAAAGCCAAAGCUCUUCUUUAUUCAGGCGUGUAGAGGAACAGACCUUGAUUCUGGUAUUGAAACAGACAGUGGUUCUGAUGAAAGCAUGUGUCAGAAAAUACCUGUAGAAGCAGACUUCCUAUAUGCAUAUUCUACUGCGCCUGGCUACUAUUCUUGGAGGAACUCAUCAGAUGGAUCUUGGUUUAUACAAUCCUUGUGUUUGAUGCUGAAACAAUAUGGCAAAAACCUUGAAAUUAUGCAGAUCCUAACACGUGUAAAUCGCAAAGUUGCAGAAUUCAGUUCUUAUUCAAACCAUCCAGACUUCCAUGGAAAGAAGCAGAUCCCUUGCAUUAUGUCUAUGCUCACAAAAGAUUUUUACUUUCCUCAUUAAAAAUUUCUACCUUAUGUGCAAACCAGCAGAAAAGAGCUAAAUUCUUAACUCUGAACUAGUGUUCAGUCACAUGUGCCUAGGCUGCAUUAAAUUAAAAUCUGUGGCGAGAAGAAUUUCUAUCGCUAGAGCAGUGGGAUAGAUUGCGAGGCCAGAAACUUUGUUUUGGGAGAAGGGAAUAUUGUGAAUUUGCAGUAAUUCUCUUACUAAGAGAAAAGAAAGGUAGAGAUCAAGCAACUAAAUUAAUACGGCCCAAUCAAUUUGUUAUAGUAAGGGAUCAGAAAAUUACAAGAGGUCUAUAGAUGCGUCUCUUCCCAAACCAGUAUUUGGAAACAAUCAUAGCAGACUAUAAAAGAGCAAUAAAAUAUGGUAUUUUCAAGGUAACUUUCUUAGUUGUAUUAAUUUUAAGAUCGGGCUGUAGAAGUAUUUAUUUUGAAAUAAUGUAUUUAAAACAGCAUGAUCUUUCUCCAAGUCGGUGUAGUUAGGAUUGGUAUGUUAGUGUCAUUACAAAUUACUGUAACUGAGUUGUUAAAAAUGGUAAAAAGGGUUAAAAUGCUGUUAAAUAGAAAUAUCUAAAUAAAAUGCUUCCAAGGUUUGUGGAAACAUUUUGGCCACUCUAAAAUACCAUUUCUAAUCAAGUUUGUAAGUGGGAUUUUUUUGUAUAUCUUAAAUGUAAUAGAUGAUAAAUGGUGCUUUACUUUGGAUUAGAUUGAAAGCUGAUCUGGGUUUGUAUUUUACAGUUGCAUUUCAGUUUAGGCAUAGCCGGCUUGUGUAUAUAGUAGUAGUUUGUACAUUGAAUAUAAAUGUAGCCUACUCCUAAACAUAGUUUGUGGUUCUUAGCUAGGAUCAAGUUGUUUUAUUUAUAUAGUCUGUGAGGCAUGUGAAGAAUGCGUUCUGUUUCCUAAUUUUGACUUUGCCUUUUUUAAGUACAGUGUUUAAAAAUAGAAACAACCAUGUAAGAGAAUCCACCUGCAUAAUGCAUGAAAAUGUUUUGAGCCCCCUUGUAGCAUACUAAGAAAAAAGACUUUAGAUUAUGCAUAUUAGAAAUCUUCCACACAUUCCUGAAAUGUACCUACACUACAGAAUUAUGUCACUUCAACAUGACUUUAAAAGUCAUGAUUCCAUCUUACAGAAUCCUGGGAUCUGUAGUUUGGUGAGAUGCUUAGAAUUCUUGCUAGAAUGCUCUAGUACAGUCCUUGGAACUACAGCUGCCCAGAAGAGAAUUUUAUAGAUAGAACACAACCAAUAAAUGACUGUCCACCCUCGGCUUAAAGACCUCCAGAAUAUUUGAUUCAUUUAUUGACCUGUUCUUGUUGUUGACUCGCAGGAGCAUAGACUGCAAUUAAGCUAAGUCAUGCAGUCCUCAGGAAGAUAUUGGACUGCAACUCCCAACAGCCCUAGCUAACAUAAUGAGGAAUGUAGGAAAUGGCAGUCCAGCAGCACCUGUAAAGCUGCAUGAUUUGCAGCCUAAUUCAAGAAACAAAAGUCCAUUACAUCUAGUUGUUUGCCUUCGGACACAAGCCAACAAAUCUUUCCUAUAUGGAAAGUUUGAACAGGUUGGAUAUGUUGAAUGUGAAUGGCUAAAGGAGACACAUAAACAUUAUUCAUAUACCUUGAAGGGCUAUCAUAGAAAAGAGACUCAUAGAAAAAACCCCUGAGGUCUCUUCCAACUCUGAUUCUAUGAUUCUCUUCUCUGUGAUAGCCCUUCAGGGUAUUUAAAUAAUGUUUAUGUGUCUCCUUCAACCGUUCAUAUUAAACAUACUCAACAUGUUCAAAUGUUGCUCAUAGGAAUUUUCCCCAUAACCGUGAACAUCAUAUCUACACCCAUCUGAGCUCCAUUCUGGUUUGUAUACCUUUCUUGAAAUGCAGACUCCAGAACUUGUAAACUAUGGCCAAGAUCCUGUAUGAGAGACAGUGCUGUUAUCUGACCCCCUACAACCACCUUAAACGUCAGGCAACCACACCAACCAAAGGUGCAGUGCUAGUGAGUGGGGCACUGAAAGAUGAUGCAUCCAGCCCCCUCCCACCAGUGAGUCACAGUGUGAUGAGCAGUUGCAGAGUCUUUUUGCAACUACUCAUUGAACCUUUGGGCAGUAUGGCUGCCUGGCUUUUAAGGUGGGUUUUAAAUGGCAUUUGCAAUCAUGGCACUGAUACCACAAUUGUAAAUGUGAACAGCAAAAUAUGAGGUCAUAAGACUAGCUUAUAAAUAUCGAACAGGAUGCAAGUCUCUGAUUCUAAUAGUAAUGUUUGUAAUGCUUGGAAGAGAAGAUGGGAGUUCUCUUGAGUACAGCUGAGCUACCUAUGUUUUUCAAUGGAUUGUAGGUGUUGUGUAUUUAGUAUCACAGUCCAGCAAGGCAGUCACGGAUCAAUCUUUCCAUUAUGUCUAAGACUUCAACGCUGAUGACCCUUAAUCAGCUACAUAGACACAGUCUAGCAAUCAGCUCUCAUGCUGCUUUAGAGACAGCUGGUUGGCACUUUUAAGCUACAAGUACAGUAGUUUUUCUGCAACUGGUAUAAUACGUGAGAAUUUAUACAUUUAUGGACAUAUGAUCAGCUAAAUAAAAGCUGAGUGCUUGGAGACACUAAUAUUUGGCCCCAAGUCCAGUUAGACCAAUUGAAUAAUAAGUAGUAGAGUGAUUUAAUAAAUAGAACCUACGUAAUUGUUAACUUAUCAAAUUCCCAUUGAUUCAAUGAUUCUAGUUUAGUCAAAACUAGCAAUUGAAUUUUGGUUUUGCAUAAUUUUUCCAACUUGUACGAAGAACAGUAUCAGGAUUCUGAGUUAUCAUUACAAUCAACUUCUAUUGGAAUGUCUAGCAUACUAAAUGUAAUCUUGUGUGGUUGUUUAACUUUAAGAAUGUAAUAAACAGUGUAUUGUAUAACUA